AUGCUCCGUGACGAGCUUCUCCGGUCAAAGAACGAUGAGAUCGCGAAAUGUCUGUUGUCGCGCAAGCGAAAACUGACCGAGUUGUAUUAUGCGACCGUGGGCUUUGAGGGCGCGACCGCCGACUCUCUCUAUUCCCAGAAAGAGCAGGCCUUCCUUGAGGCUAACGACCUCACCAAAGGUCGCUACUUCGAUGAAGCUACGCUCCCGCUGCCCUCCCACAACCGAUCGCAAUCUCCAAGUCAAAAAGCCGCUACGUCCAGCGUCAACGCAACCCUCAAGACUUCACAGCAUGCUUUUAGUGGAUCACCGACGGUCGCUAUCGGUGCCUCUUUGCCCCAAAAUGAACCAGUGAAGACAACGCCGGCAACGAGGCCCGACACCAACCAUAAUGCGCAGCUAUCACCAACAUCAUCUCAGCCAGCUUCUCGACAAGCUGGUACGAAUGAUCCGUUCGCCUCCGCCCCUGCCACAUCCUCAUCAUUAGAAUCUUCGACUUCCGAUCAGAAGACGGUACAAUUAUCGGAAACUCGCCCAGUGUCUCUCCACCAUGAAACCGACGUUAAACUGUCCACUGGCUCGGCAAAACAGCAUGAAGCAACAGAGCAGGGUACAUUACCCUCAUUGGCGAUCCCUACCCAUCAAGUCCCACGAAAGAGAUCGGAUGCGCGACCUUCCACUGCUCUGGGUCACUCGUAUGGCGAGCAGCCUCUCUCUCCAGCUUCAUCAAUUGACCCAUACUCUACCAAUACUCCCAUCCCUGUUGCUGCGUCGCCAGACACCAGUCCCGGUGAGGAACUAGGUGAAGCAAGGAAGCUAGGUCGACCACAUUCGCAGGAUGCUCGAUGCGUACAAUAUCGUGCAACCACGAUCCCAUCCACACCAGACGAACAGCUCCGAAUGGAGGAAGCACAGUCCUUGCAACGUGCCGCUAUCGACAGCGCCAAGCAUGCCCAUGGGGCUGCCUUACAGGAUGUAGCGGACACGGGCCUCGCCAACGACGCAAUGGUUGUUGAUAAAGAGGUUUCAGCACUGCACCCGCGGGAAGGGAUUCCCAAGACCGAGAAAGAAUAUGAAGCGGCAAUGCCUUCUCCCAAGGAUAAUGUCACCCCCGAGGGGGCAGCCAGAGAAGUAUCUACGGAAGCGAAGGAGCCUAUCUCGAUACCACUCCCUCAACCAGAUGUCUCCCAGCAACGAAUGACCACUCGCGUUUCGUCUGGAGCGAUUCGUCACAAGUCUGUCUCGGAAAUCCUUGGCGAAACCCCGCGCCAAUUCAAUCACGAAAAGCCCCAUGCGAAGCCAGAGCCUCAGACGCCAGAGAGCUUGGCUAGAAUGCGGUUCAAAGAUCGCAAAAUUCGGGAAAAGGAAAGAAGCCGUGUUUCCACGGUAGUAUUUCCGAAACAAGCGCCCUCAGUGCAGGAGAAGACGGAUGCCACGGACCUUGUCAGCCGAGAGUCGACAGAUGCAGUUGCCAAGUUGAACGAAGAGCAAGAUUACCUUUUUACUUUGUUCUUGAACAGGGCUUAUGCUCCCCCAAGAGGAACUAAUCUCAACACGCUUCUCGCCUCUGCCCAUAAGACCUUGAGCACAUCCAAUCAUUUACUUGAAUAUCAGGAACAGAUGGAUUGUCGUACGCUUCGGCGCAUCUACGCUCUGCAAAAUGCCAAUCGUUGGCCACUUCGACAAAUGAAGCGGUCCAUUGAGCCGCAUCGCUCCUUCAGUCAUCAUGAUGUGCUCUUGGAUCAUAUGAAGUGGAUGCGCAUUGAUUUUCGCGAGGAGCGCAAGUGGAAGCUCGCCGCUGCGAAAAGCUGCGCCGAAUGGUGUGCCGAGUACGUCAACAGUGACAAAGAACACCGCUCGUUGCUUCGAGUGAAUGUUAAGGCGCCAUCGUCAAUCCCUUCAACUUCCGAAACUUCUGGGCCGGGCUUGGCCCCUUCGUCAACAACCCCUGGUGACGACUCGAUAACGGUAUCCCACCCUACCCCCGACCUAGUACCGUCCGCCGAAGAGGAGUCAGUGAGCGACGGCUUCAAUGAGGAGCACCGGCAUGAUCUUCAGGACACUGUCGCCCCGGCAGCCAUUUUCUCGCUGGGCUCUGACGAGUUUAACUUUUCACUUGAUAUGACUCCGUCAGCAGAGAAAAUAUUGGAUGAACUACCACUCUUCGAGCCCGUUCGAUUCAAGACCGGGCUCCAGCAACCAGAUUUCAAAAUUCUUCCGGAUUCCACAUGGAGGCUUGACCUCCUUCCAGUGACAAAGUUUGCUUCAACUAAGAUCACUUUCCAGAGGGAUGUUGAGCAUCAUCGCAAACUCACCCGCUUCGAAUACUCUCAAUAUGCUUCUUCUUCCGAGCAUUCCUCAGCAGACCUGCCCCCAGAGCAGAACAAUGUCGCCCUCUUCCGUCCAGAGAAUAAACCAAUCCGAGAUCGUAUCCACCCUGGACAUUCUUUCCGCCCCCCCACGGAGCACCCAAUGCCUUCCGUUGGCUUCUUUGAGUCCCGUCAAUCUUCCCAGUGGACGGUCACAGAAGACGAUGAACUCCGCCGUCUGGUGAAAGAGUACUCGUACAAUUGGUCUCUCAUCAGUAGCUGUCUUACCCCUCCGUCCUUGUUUACCUCUGGGGCGGAACGACGAACUCCCUGGGAAUGUUUCGAGCGAUGGGUGGGCUUGGAAGGCUUGCCGGCGGACAUGUCGAAGACCCAGUAUUUCCGGGCUUACCAUCAGAGACUUGAGAGCGCACAACGCACGGUGUUUGCACAACAACAGGCUGCGCAGCAACAGCAACAACAGCAAGCCGCGAACAAUGGUCAACCACCGCAACCAGUUCGACGAAGAACAACGCAGCCAUUACGAGUCGACAGGCGAAGAUCUUCGAAGCAUUUGGCAUUGCUCGAUGCGAUGCGAAAGUUGGCCAAGAAGCGGGAGACAAUUUUGCAGAAGCAGCAGCAUGCGUCCCAACUUGCUUCGCUGCGAAAAGCCAAUGAAGCUAAUCAGCCCAAACCCCCGAUCUCCUCACCAGCGGAGUUCAGUCGUCUCAAGCACGAGCGAGAAAUGAAGCUUCAAGAACGACAAGAACAAUACCGCCAGCAGAUGAUUGCCCAGCAACGGGCAAGUAUGGUUGCUCAGCGUGUCGGUCAAUUACCUAACCAGCAACAACCUCCACAGCAGAUGAUGAACGGCCCCGGACGACCUGGUAACCUACCUCCCAAUAUGCCGAAUGCAGCCAUGGUGAACGGUGUGCCGAACGGACUUCCUUCUGGAAUGCCAGGCAACGUUGGUAUGACUCAAGCUCGUGCACAGCCCUUACACGGCGUCCCGGCCGGGACAACGUCGGUCAAUGGCCAGGUCCCAGCAAACGCAAUGCACAUGAAAAUGAUGCCCCAGGGGCAGCUGCCUAAUGUGGCUGCUCGACCUGGCAUGCAGAUGCAGACAUCCCCAGACAAUGCCCGAGUGAUACGCGAGGCGAACCGCCUGCAAGAACAACAACGACUGCUGCAAUCCCGUCAACAACAGGUCUCACAAGGCCAAGGCCAAGGUCAGCAAGCCCCGCAACAAUUUCAUGCUCAGCAGUUUGCUCCGCAAGGAGGACAUUCUCCGAACAUGAACAUGUCUGGUGUCAAUGGUACCUCUAGCAACCCUGCAAUUAUUGCAGCCUUGCAGGCCCAAGCUGGUCUCCAGAGCCCAUCACUACACAGCGGUACUCCACCGGGGGUCUCAUCUUCGUCACCUCGGUUGGCUCAGCCGAACCCCCUUUCCGGCGGUGUUGUCCCAACGAUCAGUACUUUCCAAAGCCAGAUUCAACGAGCCAACCCCAAUCUGCCAGCAGACCAGGUGAACAAGCUUGCCACUGAGCGUCUCAAUCAGUAUCAACAACAGCGCCUUUCACAGCAGGCCGCCAUGAACGCAGCCGGUGGUGGUAUGAGUAACGCGCAGGCUAAUUAUGCCGUCCCGCACGAUAGCAAGUUCCAGCCGUCUCAGCAAGCUGCCAUGCCCAAUGGAGGCUCUGCUAUGCAAGUUCCUCAAAAUCAAGGGUUCUCUCCGAUGAUGCGGGUCCCGCAAAGUACACCUCAGAACAGAGUCAAUGUGACGAGCUCACCGGCCGUCAACGGUAGCGCAACCCAGCCGAGCCGGAGUGCAACGCCACAAACACAGCGGAGCGGAAGUGUUCAAGUUGGCGCAGUGCCUGGCUCAAGCAAGAGUCCCCAUCCGACACCCGCGCAGACUACAAGCAGCUAG